UGAAUGUGUGCGCUGUGAGAUUAGAAAAGAGGAAUCAAGAAAUGCUGCAACACUGAAUGUUAACGUAAAGGCUUUUGGAUGCAGCUAAUUUUGCGCUUCUUUGCGUUUACUGUUGCAUGUGGCUGCUGUUCGCGUUUUGCCUUUUUAUGCGGAAUGAACGGAGGUGCUUCUUCUACUGUCUUCUGAACAUACUGAUAAUCCUUCUAUGGACACAGAUUGAGGUGCAGAAUCCAGUCCAGAUCCAGUCCAGCUAAGAGCAGAAGAUGCCAGCCCCGCCACCCCCACCCCCUCCAGGGCCUCCCCCUCCUCCCACCCUUGCUGUUGCUAACACACAGAAGCCGGCUCUGAGCCGAUCAGAGCAGCAGGGACGGGGGGCUCUGUUGUCCGACAUUUGCAAAGGCGCCAGACUAAAGAAAGCCGUCACAAAUGACCGCAGCGGACCUGUGUUGGACAAACCCAAAGGAGGAGGAGGAGGAGGUGGAGGAGGUGGAGGAGGUGGUGGAGGAGGAGGAGGAGGUGGUGGAGGUUUUGGUGGUGGGCCUCCUGCAUUGGGGGGCAUUUUUGCAGGAGGGAUGCCAAAACUGAGGUCUGCAGGAAACAGAGACAAUGACUCGGGACCCAGUCGAGGACCUCUUCUCCCUCCAGGAGCCCGAUCUGGAGGACCCAGCCCUUUUGGUGGUGGUGGCAGUCCAUCUGGCCCACCAAAACUGCCAGGUGUCCCUGCUGUUCCUCGCGGUGGUGCUCCUGAUAUCCCCAAAGGCCGUCCUAAUUUUUCAUCCAGACAAGACACUCCAGGAGGUCCGCCUCCCCCCGUACCCAGCUCACCCAGACCACCCCAGGGCCUCCCAUCUCGUGGGGGCCCCCCUCCACCAUCUCUCCCUGGAGGCCCAAGGCCCAGUCAUGCCAGUGCACCCCCACCGCCCAGUGUUCCACCAGGAAGGCAUGGCUCUCUUCCUCCCCCACCAGGGGGCUCCUCAGCUGGGCCUCGAUCGAACUUCUCUGCGCCCCCUCCCCCACCUUCAAACAGCAGCCGACCUCCCUUACCUCCAGCUCCAGGGGGGAGGCCUCCACUUCCUGAGGACCGACCGCCACCACCACCAGCUCCUGGAGGAGGUCAUCGACCAUCGAUGCCCCGCGACAUGCCCCCUCCUCCCCCAUCUGUCAACUCCAAACCGUCUCCCUCGUCUUCCUCAACCGGCCGUUCCCCAGCUGGUGGGGGGGUGCCCCCUCUGCCACCGGGACGACCGGGGCCUCCUCCUGUCCCGCCUGGCCAGGGAGGGGGGGAGGAUCAGAACACACCUCGCCUGCCCCAGAGGAACAGCUCACUCAACAGCCACGGUCCAGCAACCCCUCCUGGUCGAUUAGGACCCCUCCCUCCUCCUCCAAAUGAGAGACCACCGUCCGUGGGAAGAAACCAGUCGUCACCGCGCACAGGUCCUCUUCCUCCACCGCCUCCUUCUGGUCGCAGCGUGGGCGGAGGCAGCAUCAGGUCAUCGCCCGCAGCUCCUCCCGUGGGUCGGCCCGGCCCGGAGCCUCCCCGUGGAGGGCCUGGCGGUAGACCGCCCCUGCCACCAGACAGGCUGGGGCCUGGAGGGGCUCCACCGCCCAUGGGGAACGGUUUCCAAAACUCGCACCACAACCAAAUGCAAGAUGAGUUCGAGUACAGGUUUACUUUUCACCCAGUGUCGGAGCUUCCUCCACCUGAUCCCUACGUGCCCUCCCAUAAAACCUACCCCAGUAAGAUCUCCAAGACGGAGAGCAAAGGUGCUGGUAAAAAAGAGCGAGGAGCUCCUCCCCUUCCUCCAAUACCCAGGUGAAGAAAAGAUGGCCGCCAUGACAACGCUUGGACCGUCCACCUCUUCUUCUCUCCUUGUCUCUUUCUUUGUUACGCUCAUUUGCGCUUUGACCAGAAGCAUGUCGAUCAUGUGAGGACCGCAAAGGGGGGAAAAAAAGGACUUCCAGUGCAGUUAUUCAAACAAAAGCACAGAGUCUCGUGGAGUUUACAUCAUGUGCCUCUGCACCAGGGAAGUGGGGGAUCUGCAAACGGCCAAAACUGUUUAUAUUGUGGUACAAUUGUGUUCUGGAGAAAAUAAAUUCUAUCUAUCGUUCUAGUUUUAAGUUUACAGCCAUGCUGUUCCUGGAGGAUGUGUUUGGGCAGGCCUCAAUGAUCUUGUUGCUCAUAAUCAGAUCUCUCUCAAACUCUGUUUUUUUUGAAUGCAUAUCAAAGUUAUCCAAUGUCCCUUUUUCCGUCACUGUCACAACCGAUCGUUAGAUUUUCUGAUUUUCUUAAAAACCAGCCAAACCUUUUUGCUUCUGUUCCGACUGUAAAUCUAAAGGGAGUUACCUCGGGUGGCUUUUUUUUGUGUCAAGAUAUUCACUUACGUCAGUUGAAACAGUAAAAUUAAAGGCAGUAACUGCUUGAACAUAUCAGGUAAUCAAUCAAGGUGCCUUAGAUACAGCCACAGUGCAAAGAAGGACUUUAAAUGGUCUCACCUUCCAGCCUCGACUGUGGUAAACAUCAGGAAAUUUUGGGCACUUACUUUGCCAAAGCCACGUGUGCCUUCACAGCCAGAAUGUAGACUUGUUCUUUUUUUUUUGUUUUCACCUGUUUGUUUCUACUGGAGCCACUGAGCGGUACGUUUUAUUUGAUUAUGUGAGGAUGCUCAGCUCAAUGUGUUUUAAAGGACAUUCCAGUGGGGUUAUUGCAGUAUCAGUGUGCAAUCGAGCUGGAUAUUGUGUUGCCGUUGUUGGGUUCUCUUGAUGCGCAGCAAAGGAUCUGUGUAGGUAUCGGUAUGAUUUAAUCAACUGAUAUUGAACAAUGGGAUAAGUUAUGUUUGCAGUAUUAUGUACGUCAUUUUGUUCUGCUUUGUUUUUUUUUGUUAAACGUUUUCUGUAAGGCGAUCAUACAAAAGUAAAACCAUUUACAUUAAACAUGCUUUAAGAUGCUUUACUUAGGGGUAACUUUGGGCUAAAAAGGGGGUGCUUUUAUUGAAUUAUGCAUCAAUAUUCCUGAACAAUAGACUUUUGGGUAAGGGACAAGGACACGGUGAAUUGUAGUGUCAACCAGAUAAACCAGAUUUUACCACAUAACUGUAUUAUUCAUUUACAUAAAUGUGCAAUAAAAAAAGUUGAAUAAA